AUGCGCCAAAGAAUCACCUUCCUCCAGAAGCCGGAGGACUCAUUAGAUCCUAGGGCACUCAAGAUUACAACCAAUGCGAUCUCAACACCAGCACUCAAGGCUGCGAGGGAAGACCGCUUGACACUAGGGUUUGAUGAGCUCCCUCAAGAGCUCUACCGUGUUUUGAAAGCAACCCGUGAGCUACAUAUAAGGUGGACCAGUGUAGACGGAUAUGGGUCCAUUCCUCCGUUUGUGUCGAGGCUUUCACCCGGCCUACAUGUACUCUACACACCGCUAAAGAACAGUAGUAACUCCCUACUAUGUCCUACGUUAAAGAAAGUGUUUGGGGAUCUUGAUUGUAUAUCACCAGAGCAAUCUUUCACAAACGUUUCCGUCGAGCAGCUGGCCCUGCCUGUAACAACUGAAUACCACGCGCCGCUUUCGAACCUCAACGAUCUGGUGGAAUAUAUUACUCAUAAGCUCUGUAAACGCAAAGAUGAAGAAGAAUGCCUAUCCCGUGUUUCGAACCUCCAGUCGGCGUCCUCUCUUGAGAUAGACUUUGACACCAGCUCCCACGACCUCACACUCACAGCAUUCUGGCCUUCGCGCAUCUGGAAUCUCAACCUCUCAAAAGCAUCACCGGAGCAGCGCCUAGAGGUGGGAAUUCUCUCGGUUGAAACCCCAAAUGAACCAGAAGAGUUAUCACUAGGCGGGUUUCUUACGGUGAUCGGCGAACACACCAAGCCCUCCCCAACGUUAUUCUCGUUCCCAUCCCGCCACCAUUCAACCACCCAAUCAUUCUCGUCGUCCUUCCUCCAACCAACUGGCCUUCACCCUACACUAUCAUUAAAUAUAUCCUCCAGCGCUCUGCCAAUAGAAGACCGCGCCUGCUCCCUCCACGCCCACCUCACGCUUCCCCGCGCCAUAUUUGCCGAUAAAUACCAACUCUCAGACCCGCUCUUCCUCAAUUCCAAGAACCUAUCCGCACUACGUUAUAUCACAUCACCCGUAGACCUUGAGGCUCCCGCCUACGCCAUGUCCGUUUGGGGCUCGUCCCUCCUCCUUGAACUCUCUCCUCCAACCCAGAAAUCUACUAGCGGGAUACCAUGGACCGCUCAAAUCCCCUUGCACCUCCGCUAUUUGCUGCCCAACACAAACCACUCCGGGCUAGCAGCCUUAGAUGUACCGUAUCCAGUGCUGUUCUGGGCGUGCACCGCGGACGAGGGGACUAAAUUUUCGGGCAAUCCGUUCGAUAGAGAAAAUCUGGGUUAUGAUGGACAUUUUGGGAAGAGAACAAUGUUUUAUCAUGUUGCACCGAGUGCAGGUGGGACUGGAAAUGGUGGAAGCUUGAUCAAUACUUUAGAUGUGCCUGUUUUGGAUUUGGGAAAGAGUAGCUGGGUGGAAACUGGAACAGCGGCAGCGGUGCUACUGGGGUUUUUGUGGGUGGUGUGGUGUUUGGUGAAGGUUUUGAGGACGGAGGGAUAUGGUAGUCGGCGAGGGGCUCUGGUAGCGGAAAAGAAAAAAUUGUGA